AUGAAGGAUCAUCAUAGUGGACUCAAAUCCUUCUUCAAGAAGGAGUUGUCUCCAUCUAGCUCAAACGCAUCAUCUGCCAACCCUGACCCUUCUGCGUCUCAUUCAAAGAUAUCAAAGCUAUUCCAUCACCACAAUCACCACAAGGACAAAGAUGAGUUGUCCAAUACGGCUUCUUCUUCCAGAAAUUCGUCUCCUCAGGAUAAACAGCAACAGCAAUCAUCCUCAUCAGCAGCACCUUCUCCAGCAGCAGGAGGAGGAGAUGGCUUGAAAAGAGCUUCAUCCGUGCUUUCGUUGAGACGCAGAAACACCAAUCCUAUCAACCCAUCUCCAACAAAUGGAAGAGACAGAGCUCCUUCCGAUUUGCAGCACCCAAGACCACAACAUGUGUCAGCAGCAACUCCCAACAAAAAAUUAUCAAAAGCUGAAACUUUGGCCCAUUUCCAACAAAUUGACAAUAGAAACAGAGCAAGUCUGCAUUUGAGAAGUAGCAGAGUCCCAUCUGCUCACAACUUGGCCUCGCACUCACCCGGUUCAGAAACUGCAUCACCAAAUCAUGAGAAGAUGGUUUACAAUCCAUACGGAAUGAAAAAGACUCCUUCACAAGAGGUUAAAAGAAACACGAGUUUCUACCUUUCUGGAAACAAUGACGGUGAACGAAUCGUGGCUAACCCCGUUGCCAACCCCAACGAUUAUCUUCCACCAGAUUUGCAACAACAGCAUGUCAAUUUGUUGGAGGAUUUUGAAAUUGAUGUCAGUAACAAAAAGUUGGGUGAUGGUGGUUCCUCGGACGUUCGAAUCAUCAACUCUCGUCAUAACAAGCGUCAUUUGUACGCAUUGAAAAAAUUCACCAUGUUGAGCAAAGAAACCGAUGAAGAGUUUUAUGAACGUGUACUGAAGGAGUAUGUUAUACAAAAGAGGUGUUCCAAAUCGAGGCACGUUGCUGACGUAUUGGCAAUACUACGUAUCCAAAGCCAAACAAACUUAACUCGUGGUUGGGGUGUGGUUAUGGAGUACUGCAAUGGUGGUGAUUUAUUUUCACUCAUUGUUCGACCUGGAUGGAAGAAAUCACCCUUGAAUGAAAAAUACUGUUUGUUUAAGCAAAUUGCUUAUGGAUUGAAAUAUAUUCAUGAAUGCGAUAUUGCUCAUCGUGACUUGAAACCAGAAAAUGUAUUGCUUGAUUCUAAUGGGUUAGCCAAAUUGUGUGAUUUUGGAGUGAGUACCUAUCAACAUGAGAUUCCCGGUGACUUUAGUAGUCCUGUCAAAUUGUCAACAUCCUAUGUCGGAUCACCGCCAUAUUCUCCACCAGAAGUUAUGCUUUUGAAAGAUAAGUCUGCAUCUGAAGCUAAAAACUUUGCAUACGACAUGUUCAAAUCGGAUGAUUGGGCUUUGGGGAUGCUUUUGUUUUGUCUUGUGUAUGGAGGUGUACCUUUCCAACAAGCAACCCCAACAGAUCAUGGAUACAGGGAUUAUGCAUUUAAUCACAAGAGAUUUUGCAGUGAUCAUCACAAUUUCAAAAACAACAAGGGGUUCAAUAAAGGGCCCGGAGUAGAGUUUAAAAUGGCGUCCAAAUUUGAAAGCACUGGUGCUUCUAGAGUUGCUUGGAAGUUGUGUGACCCUUCAGUUUCAACUAGGUAUGAUUUGGAGUUGUUAUUUGAAGAUCCUUGGUUCCAAUCGGUGGAGAUGUGUAUUUACGAGGAUCCUGAUCAAGAAGUAAAUCCAUUUGUGUUACCAGGUACUGGAGAAAACAACCAUGGUUCAGGUGCUUCAUCGGGCUUUAAUUCACAAGCACCUUCGAGAAGGGGUACUUUUAGCAAGCAACAUAAUGGAAAUAGCGAUGGGUAUUAUAGUCAUGAUGAAGGGUCGUCGAAAAUUGCUUCAUCAAGCAAUGCCUCUCUUCACUCAAACGAUAAUGGGUUACCACGUACUAGGUCGAUGCUUGAUUUUGAUCACAUGCAAGCAUCGCCUAAACAACAGCAACAGCAACAGCAGCAGCAACAGCAACAGCAACAACAACAAUUGACGUCAUCUUCAAACUCAUCGCCAUUUCAACAACCACAGCAGUCCUCUGCGGACAAUUCACCACUUAACAAUAAUAUUAAUGGUAACCUACCGGCUUUAGAAGAGAGUGACAUUGAGCACGAGCAUGAGUCGGACGCAGCUCGAAAGCAAGACCAACUUGAACAAGAACAUAUUGAGCACCAAUUGCAGAUAGAGCAGCAGCAGCAAUAUGAUCAGCAACGAGGACUUGAGGAGAAACAACUUGAGGAAAAGAGGGAGCAGCAGCAACAACAACAACAACAAGAAGAAGAAGAGUUGGAUUCAUCCAAGAAUGGUGAGGCGGAUCGGGGCUCACCAUCUUCUCUAAACCAUAACGCCCAUGCUCCUCAACGUGAACCAUCAAGUUUCAAAUUGCCACCAAGUAGACACGACACUUCCAACACAUCCAAUGAUGAUGACAAUGAUAAUGCUAGUUGUCAUUCAUUGAGUGAUAUCCAGCACCAUUAUGACCGUGUUUUGCGCAGUGUGAGUAAUUUGAAAUUGGAAGCCGAUGGCACAUGUGAUUUAGGUUACAAGUUGAAGAAACAUCAUCAUAAUGACGUUAGCAAUGCUGCUAGUGUUGGUAGGAGGUGA